AUGCAAAUCGACGACGUCUACGCCCCGGAAAUCGUGUGGCCAUUUCUGGAGUCGUUGACGCCGGAAGACAUGGCAGAAUUCACGCAUCUUUACGUUACCGUCGACCCAAACGAACCGGACGCUGGCAUAAAAAUCCUCAUCCGAACCCCAAGAGAUGAAAUUCCGGGAUGGGCCAGCGUACACCAACCACUUCCCGGAAACCAUCCCACCGCUCAAUUCGUGCGCGACAAAGAUACGAUCGAAGAUGAAAUUUGGGAAUAUUACCAGGAACAUAAGGUGACGCUGCGCGGAAAUGCGUACCCCGACCUGAUCAAUGACAUUUGCGACAUCACAGCCGCUCGCGGAAUGCCUAUAAAUUGGCUGAAAGUGAAGAGCGACAUGGCCGUGGUGCUGAAUCGACGUCUACACGAUCCCGCGAUCGGCGCGGAGCCUUUCCGCAGCUUCAAACCGUAUUUUGAGGGCAGCCCGAGGAAGAAUGCGUAUCGACGCCGUGUACGCGCCAGAAGUCGUCUGGUCUUUCCUGGGAUCGAUUUCGCUGCACGAGAUGGCCCGACUGAAGCGCUUGUACAUCACCGUGGAUCCGAACAACCCAGAUGCAGGGAUCAAAUUGCUGUGCGAAAAUGCGUGGCAGACGAUGCCCGGAUGGAACGAGGGAAAACAAGCCGCUGCCCGGACGCCAUCCGACCGCAGAGCGUCAGAAGCGGUGCCAUUCGUCAUCAUGGCAUCAUUUCACUCAGCUACAAUACGUAUAUCGACCGGGGCAGCCUGCAGGCGCGUAUAAAGGUGAACCCGCGCGGCGGUGCAUGCCCCGCCCUGAUCAACGACUUCUAUGAGGCUAUCGCGAGUCGCGGAUGGCACACC